AUGCCUGGUCAAAUCAUUAGCACACCAUUUUUAUCUCAAUUGGAAGAAAUUGAUAUACGUUUGACUAAUUAUCGUAACUCUAAAUCAUCAUCAUCUACGUCCUCGUCAACAUCUACAUCAACUUCAACUUAUUACAACCAUUCUCAAUAUCAAUCCAAAAAUAGAUUUAAUUACAAUAACAACAACAACAACAACAACAAUAAUAAUAGUUAUUAUCGUCAACAUUCUGCUAUGCAUAAUGACAUAACAAUUCUCAAUAAUAAUUACAACAACAAUUGCAAUAAUAAUAUCAACAAAUAUAACAAAUACAACGGCACAAAUACCACUAAUACUCCAAUUUCAAUUGAGGGAAUUUUUGAUAGAAUUCCUCAAUUGAAAAAUUCAAAUAAUUUUAGAAACAAUUAUAAUAGUAAUAAUAGUAAUAACACUAAUAAGAAUAAUAAUCAUCAUACUACUACUAAUAAUUAUUUAGAUAAAAGAAAACAAUAUUAUAACAACAAACCAUAUGGAUACAAUAAUAAUGUAAAUUUUAAUAAUAACAUGAACGCUUCAGAAUCAAAUCAGAAUCCAAUGAUGUCUACUCAUUUAAGAAAUACUUACCCACAAAUGUAUUCACAUAUGCGUAAUACCUCGAUGAACAAUACUACUAGUACUGCUAACGCGACGAACAACAAUUUAUCUUCAACAAAUAUGGAUAUUCAACCAUCAUCCAUUCAAUUACCCGUUACACCAACACCAUAUUUAGAUAUGACAUCUUCCAUUCAUCAUAAUCAAUCAAUGAAUAAUAAUAGUACAACAUCAAAUUAUUUAAUGAAAGAAAAUCAAUUUUAUUCAUCCACAGCAAUGGAACAACCUAAACCAACAUAUCCCUUAAAUACAUUCCCAACUUCUUUUCAUAAUAAUACUAAUGAUAAUAAUGGUAUAAUUUCACCAAUUCCAUCAUCGAAUUCAAAUUUAAUUUCAAAUUCAAUGUUUUUAACUCCUAAUAAUACUCAAAAUAGAUCUUCAUCGUCAACAUCUAAUGGUUUUAUGAUGAACGAGGGUGCGACUACAAAUAGUGGUAGUAGUAAUAACAGUAAUCCAAUAGGUAUGAACAGUAUAUGGAAUAAUAAUAAUAAUAACAAUAAUAUUAAUUUUAACAACGGUAUCAGUAACGGUAAUAAUAACACGAAUUUUAAUGGGUUAAUGAUGAAUGUAUGGAGUUAA